GUAAGCCGUCCAAUGAGAACGCGGCGGUUUCAGUUUGAACGUGGUAGUGGUGAAGUGCCUUAGACAGGCGGGCGUGCUGCGGUCUCCUGAGGUAAUUCACAAUGGCAGAAGCUGGAGAUGAGUGGGAACUAUGCAAAGAAAACGUUCAACCUCUACGCCAGGGUAGAGUAAUGUCCACUCUACAGGAAGUGCUUUCCCAACAAGAGAGUGCCAGUCAUACUGUCAUCCAACAAGAGAAGCAGGCUUUUGAGCUAGAACUCCGCUUUUACAAUGGAGACGAUCCCCUGGAUGUUUGGGACAGGUAUAUAAAAUGGGCAGAACAAGCAUUUCCCCAGGGCGGUAAGGAGAGCAACCUGGCCCCUCUGCUAGAGAGAGCUGUUAAGAUUUUCAUUGAAGAUAAAAAUUAUUAUGACGACCUCCGAUAUCUUGGCAUCUGGCUUAAGUUUGCACAUUUCUGCUCAGAACCCCUCGAUCUGUAUAGCUACUUGCACAGCCAAGGUAUUGGUAUUUCCCAUGCUUUACUUUACAUCGCUUGGGCUGAAGAAUAUGAGGCCCAAGGCAAUUGCAAGAAAGCAGACUCUGUUUUCCAGGAGGGCACUCAACGUAAAGCAGAACCCAUGGAAAAGCUGGAAAUGCACCAUCGGCAGUUCCAGGCCAGAGUUUCCCGUCAAGCAGUACAAGGAAUCUCUGAGGGAGCAGAUACUGAGGAAACCGUCAUUACUGAGCCACAGCGAAGCUCCCUGGUGGAUCUAAAAUUCAGAGGAAAGAAUAAGGCACGUGCCCCUGUAGGCAGAGUGGGAGAGUUCACCAAACCACGCAGUCAAAGUCUUGCCCAAGUUGGUCCUCCACAGCAAAUCCCAGCCAGAUCUCGUAUUAUGGUGUUUGAUGAGAAUGCCAUGGCACCAGUUGCUUCUGGACCUACUGUGUUAAAUCCACAGCCAUGGGCAGCAAUUCCACCUCCUCGUGCUAAAGAAAAUGAGCAACAUGCAGGACGCUGGAACUCAGGCCGGGCCUCCCGUAACAGCCAGUCGACAGCCAACUCAGAAGUGCCCGUGACCACUGCACCCAGCUUCACACCUUAUGUUGAUGAAGUAGCAGAACAGCAGAUUGUGACCCCGUGCAAAAUUAACCCAACAAUCACCAGUGUCCUGAGUACUCGCAAACCUAGCAAAGAGGAGGAUCCUCUGCAGCGGGUGCAGAAAUCUUCAGAAGGAAAAGAGGAGAUGGUUAUGUACUGUAAGAGUAAAGUCUAUGCUGGAAUGGAGGAGUUCUCCUUGGAAGAGAUCCGAGCAGAAAUCUACAUGGUGAAACUACGUAAGAAAAGAGAAGAAGAAUUACAAGCCUGUGCUCAACGUAGACUGGAGAUGGAACGAAAAAUUGAGGAAAUGGAGAGAAUGCUGAAAGAAGCAGGUCUUCGGCUAGACAAGAAAGUAAACGAACAGGCUUCUCCAGAGGAGGCUGGUACAGCAUCUUGUUUACAUAGUAUUGGCCUAGACUCUAGCAACGUACAAGGAGUGGUUGAGUAUCCUGCAGCUUCAGAAACUGUGUUUGGCGCAACAGGAGGACGAUGUCUUUUUCCGGUUUCACCUAAGACUGGAGACUUGUCUGUGCAGAACACAGAGAAAAACCAACCCAGCACUUUAGAUUUGGUUCCAGGUUCAUCCUCUAAUGUGCCAUUUACCGUAUUUGAUGAAUCCUGCAAUAUACCGUCCAAUGUGACUGGAGUCUGGUCUGUGUCAAAUGUUCAGCAAAACCAAACUAUAUCUUUAGCUUUGGCUCAAACGUCGUCCACUAAUGUACAAUUUGCCAUAUUUGACGAAUCAUGUCACAUACAGCCCAAUACGACUGGAGUCUUGUCUGUGCCAACUGAACAGCAAAACCAAACUGUCUCUAUAGAUAAUGCUCCAACAUCUUCCUCAAAUCUGCCAUUUGCCAUAUUUGAUGAAUCAUGUGAUAUGCAGCCUGGCACGACUGGAAUCUGGUCUGAGCAGGAGGUACAACAAAAUCAGCACACCUCUAUAGAUCUGUCUCAUACUUCUUCCUCUAAUGUGCCAUUUACGAUAUUCGAUGAAUCAUGUGAUCUACAUCGAAACGUGUCAGCUAAGAACAUGAUGCCACCCCCAGUACGUCGUCCUCUUUCUGUAAACCGGCCAAAAUCAUUCCAUGAACAUUCUCUGCUCAAAGAUGCAUUGUACGGCAUUGAGCCCUUAAAUGAGGAUGCCAUUGUGUGUGGUUCACACGAGAAUAAAUCUCUAAUCCCGGACCUGGAAGAUACCUGUGAGUUUGUAAGAGCUGCUCAGCUGGCGUCGACUCCUUUCCACAAGCCGAGAGAUGAGUUGGAGCAGUCUGCACAGGGCAGCACAUCAGACAUGGAAAGACUCCCUCUCAGAGAGAAAACGCCUGUAUGCGAAGAGUCUUAUUUAAAGCAACACUGCAUAAAAAAACUUAGUCCUAUCUUAGAAGCAAGCCGAGAAGAUGCACGCACCUCAUUGUCCUCUGUCUCUUCUAUGUCUUCAAACUCACACUCUACCAGCACGUUGCAUUCCAAAAUGCAGCCAGUCCUGGAGAACUUUAACUCUGCUCUGAUAACCGGGGUGUGUGAGCUCACACCAGAAGAUACUGUUCACCCUGUGGAGAUUGCAGACCUGCACAUGCAGCUGUUGGAGCCAAUGUAUGAAUUGUUGGCUUCCGCAGAGAUCCAGCACGGGGUUGAAAGUCUCCCAGUCAUGAAGGAUCAGGCAGAUGUGACUUUGGGUGAUGAAACUUUGAGUCUGAAGCGUGAAAUACCACUGGGAGAGAAGACUAAGCUGUAUAUAGGAUACCCAGCAGGUUUCGAUAGUUGUGGUAUAAAGGUCGCAUUAAAGGUGGAGUACCAGCCAGUACCCUGGGAUUUCUACAUCCUAUUGCAGCUGAAGGAGCGACUUGGAGAAUGUUUUGAGACCAAUUUUCUCGAGCAGAGCAACUGCUACUUAUUUAAGGAUGGAUGUAUUAUGCUCUACAGAAAUAUAAACUGCUUCAGCGUUGAGAGUAUUCUACAGGAUCCAGAGGAAGACACCGAUGAAAUGAUUUUAUUAAUUGCUUACAACUUACUGGAUCUGGUAGAGAAACUUCACAACGUGGAGAUUGUGCACGGGGAUCUGAGACCAGAGACUCUGCUGUUGGAUGAUCGCGUCUUCAGCUUGUCGUCUGACACAGAGAUGACUGGUUUGUUGAAGUUAAUAGACUUUUCCAGUAGUAUGGACCUUCGAUUGUGUCCCACAAUGAAUUUACAUGGCUUUCCAGUAGCUCAGACCAAGCACGGACAGCAAUAUCUUGCUCAUCGGACUUCUCCUUAUCAGGUGGACAUUUUUGGUAUUGCAGAUUUGGUGCACUUUAUGAUUUUCAGGAAACCAUUGCAGUUGCAUGAGGAAAAUUCAACCUGGAAAAUCAUGGAAUCCAUUCCCUGCAGAUGUUCAUACAGAAAAUACUGGGACACAUUCUUUGCAAUGAUUCUAAACCGAGACGAACCCACAGCAAGCUUGCUAAGGGAUCUGAAAGUGGAAAUAACUCAAUUAUUUGAUGGAUGUUUUGAAAAGAAGAUUUCCAAUUAUUUGUCCAAGUUGAUAAUGUGUCUCGAUUCCGAUGAGUAAGUGUAGGAGUAGCACAUGACACGCCCAAGGAGGUGUCAUUGUCCAUGUCAUACUAUCUUUUGUCUUGGAUUUACUACAAUAAGUACGGUUUCUUACUUUUUAACCAUGCUGUUGCCUCUCUGCUGGAGUCCCUGUGGAGCUGUAACUUGAUGUAUUUGAAAAUGUGUCUUGACCACUCGAAAAUCUGCUUUGCUGCCGUGGCACUAGUGAAAUAAUAGUUUUUUCUCUGAGCAUUUUGUCUUUGCUCUUGAUCUUUACCGGACAUUUUUGA